GUUAUCAUGAUUUUAAACUUUGGUGAAUCACCAAAUUUUUGGUUUGUUUAGUCGGCAAAUAACAAAUGUGUACUGUUUGUCGAGUCAAAUGUUUGCCAGCAGCCAGUUUAUGAUAGUAAGUUAAAAGUUUUGAAUUACGUGUUCAUUUGAUUUGAACAUUCGCAAGCUAAACGUCUACAUCAGCGAUCAUUAAGGUGUAUUGGAAUUAAUUUGUAUAUUUUCGAGAAGAAAAAAAUGGGUAAAACAGAAACAAAUGACGAAGACAACAAGCCAAUUACCAUCAACAAAUGGGAUUAUCUUGCUUUAAAAAAUACUUUAGACGAUGCUGUUAAAGAAGUACUGAUUUCAAAGUACAAUCACGUAGAAAAUUUUUCGCUGAUCGAUUGUCGAUUAUUGAUAUGUACUUUUGCAGUUUUGGUUGCUGGAUACGCUCUUGUGUGGGACUACUUUAAUCCAUUUCCAAAAUCACGGUAUGUUCUUACUGUAUGUGUUGCUCUUUACUUUGUGACUAUGGGUAUAAUAACAUUGUACACGACAUACAAGGAAAAAGGUAUAUUUGCGGUGACAUUAGAACGAGACGAAAGUGGUUAUAAUCCAGAUAACGUAUGGGAAGCGAGCAGUUAUAUUAAAAAACAUACAGGUGUUUAUCAUUUAAAUUUAGUACAGAAGAAUCCGGUAAGAGGUGGUGUAAUAGAACGAGAAGUUGCAAAGUCAGUAGCACAUUACUUUGAUGUUGAAGGAACAUUAUGCCAAAAUGUCAUUGAGAAUGAAGUUACCAAGUUGCAUGACGCUAUGUUGAAGACAAAAAAAAAUUGAUUUAUAUUUUGUUUGUUUUAUAUACCUUUUAAAGAUUCCUAUUAAAUUGUAAUAAUUAUAAUACGUACAUAUAUUUGCUUAAAGUCUGUUAAAUAUUUAAAUAAUUGUUUUUUUGUAUUUUGUAUAAAAAUAUUCAUUUUAAAUAAUUCAGUUAAAAAAAUUAUAUUUUACAAAUAAAACUAAAUGUGUGUGCAACAAGAA